GGCGAAACGAGUGCUGGCAAAAGUAGCGUUAUAAAUUUGAUCCUCGGAGAAGAUCUUCUUCCUUUCUCAGUCCUGAGUACAACUUCUACCAUUUGCGAGCUGAAAUAUGGAGAGAAAAAAAUGAUUAAAGUGCAUUUCAAGGAUGACGGAACACAAAAGCUUGACCCAGAAAUGCAUGAACUGAAUGAAAUCCCUGAUGAAGACUACACAGCUCAGAUCAGUAGAUUUGUUAGCUUGAAAACUGAUCGAGACAAGACACCGUACAAGAAGAUAGAGUUGUUUUGGCCACACCCUUUGCUUAAGGUAAUGGAAAAGGAUCAAUUUAGGUCUCGGGGAAACUGCCCACCCACCCCUCUCUUAAGUCAACAUUAACACUUAGUUCUCACUUACGGCAAAAUGUUGGGUUAGGGGAGGGGUAGAUGGGUAGUUUCCCAGAAACCUAAAUUGGUCCAUGGAAAAGUUAUGUUUGUAUUCAAAUUUGUACCAGAAAUUAUUUGACAGAUGUACCAAACACAGACGGGGAUAUAGUUUCAAGAGAAUGGUUUAACAAUUUAUAUUUAAUUUGCAAUUAGCAGUCAGUUCAAUGACUUGUUUCUCUCUCUGUGAAUAUUCUGUGAGGUCUUAAAUUGAGCCAACGACGAAACCAACGUCAAGUUGCCAAGUCCAGAAAAAGCCGACAUCUGCUGACAGGUUCUUUCAUGCCGGUCUGGUAUCUCGUAGCGAACGGCAACGGGUUUUUAAUGAACGAAUGAAUCUGCCUCGUCCCCAAUCGCUGGCGAUCACUUCUUGGGAGAUACUUGAAUUAAUUCCUACUCUCGCUCUGCGCCAGUUCCCAUCAUCCCCCUGUCGCCCUUCUCGCUUGUCUCCAGCUCUCGCGCAUCGCGAGUUCGCUUGUUCCGUGCUCGCCACAUUGAGGGUUGAUUUCCACUGUCACGUGUACACGCACUUAAAUUUUUAACGCGUAUUUAAAAUAGAGGAAAGAUAUAAAGUGUUGAGCUAAACGUGAGGUUGACAGAGGUUCAACUUUUGCUCUUACGUUCGACAUUUCAUGCAUUGCUUCUAUUUUAUUUGCGGGUGUAAAAUUUACGUUCGUACGCACGUAAAAAUUACGCGACCGUGGAAAUCCGCCCUAAAGGAGGAAACUAUCAAAGGUGGAGGAAUUAAAGAACCUUUAAGGAUAGUCCAACACUUAAGCAUUCCCAAAAGCUGAGUUUUUCAAACCUUAUUCAGACCGCAUCCAUCUUUGAAAACGUUAACUCUCAGUUAUCAUGAAUUUACCACAGUUAGUUGUGAUUAAUGAUACUCAUGUCACUGUCAUUUCAGGAGAACGUUAUGAUAGUGGAUAGUCCUGGAGUAGGAGAAAGUGAAGUGAUGGAUGAAUUUGUAGUCAACUACAUGUCUAACGCGUUCUGCUUUAUGUAUGUCAUCAAUACCCAUAAUGCUGGAGGAGUGCAGAAAGACAGGGUGAGAAUUAUAGAUUAUGAAUCAAUUGUACUGAAACUAGCCUACGUAGCGUAAAGCGUUUCUGUGCGGUUUAGGAGCCUGAAAGAACGAGGAACAAGAGUCAAAGAGAGGAGCGGGGAGGGGGUGGGGAAGAAAGAAAGGAUCCCUCCCCCUCCCCCUCCUUCAUUUUUUGGUUCUUGUUUCAUUUCUCGAGCGAUCAAAACCGAAAAUCCCCUUCCACGGUCUCUUUUUUCGCCGAAACCAAACGGAAACGCUUGCUACACGGGCUAUACCGAAACCGCUAACCAAACUUUAGAAAACAUUAGUACGGACAUUACCCUCCUUGCUCUGUUAUCUUCUUGUCGUUAACCUGUGAACAGGCUCUCUGUUUUGGGAAAAAAUAACGAGGAAAGGGAAGGCCUGUUCACAGGCUACUUGUCGUUAACAGCACUACUUAAGCUCCGUAAACUAUUAAUUUUUACCGGCCAGUGAGUGAGUGCUUUAAAAUACUUAAAUCUCUUUAUUGACUUUAUCUAGUGGAUCUUCACAUCACAGGUGUUUAUCGAUAGAUUUAAUACUUCAACUUGAUAAAAUGCGUUGAAUGACAGAAACCAGAAACAAAAAACCCAAAGCCCUUUGGCCGAUAAUUAGUACAAUUUAAUUUAAUUCGCGGUCCGUGUUUCGGGAAUUUGCGUAAUGAACGUUCUUGAGAAGCAACUUAGUCACCAAUAUUUGUACUGAUUAUUCUGAAGGAGAAGAGAGAGGGAGAGGGGAGACUAAGCAUACCUUAAGGGUUUUAGCUGGCGAUGGAAGUCAGCAAUGUCUUCUUUGUUUUUAAACAGUUAGAAAAGCUACUGCAGUGUGCCCAAGCGAAACUCACGAAGAAUGAUCUCGUCCUAUUUACCGGAUGCGCUUUGUUUGUCUGUAACAAGUGGGAUCUCAUUCAACCUAACGAUCAGAGGGAAGUAAAGGAAGCACAAGUCACAAAACUUUCCAAGAAGCUUCCAAAUCUAGAUCCUGGAAAACAAAUGGUCUAUUUGUCGUGUACAACUGCCCAGACUUGCCAGAAGUUUGGUUACAUCACUCCGGACUUCAACAACUUAAUCGCUGGUAUCAGCCAUCUUAUUGUCUCUGCAAUGCAAAACAAGAUGGAAAUGCAUUUCAGGUAUUUUAACCCUUUAAGCCCUAAGAGUGAUCAGCAUCAAAUUUCUCCUUGUAAUAUCAACGCUUUGUAAAACAAAGUGGUCAUGAGAAUUACGGACAUGAUCACAAAAGAUGAAUUUGCCUGAUAUUUUAUCAACUUCUAAUUCUCCCCACUACUUCUGUGGGAAAUGAAUAGGGGCAACAAAUGAGAAUUCAAGUUUUAAUCUUAGAGUCUAAAGGGUUGACAAGGUCUAUGAGGAGAAAAGGGGAAAUCUGCUUCAACAUUUUUAUUCAGUCAAUUUCGAAAAAGUUAGCUUGUCCAAACAGAUUAAGCGUGCGUACCGCCAUAGAUGUUAUGGCUGUGUGUAUGAAAAUGGAAUCCAGUAGCCUUUAAGUUGUUCACACGAGAUUCUAUACAUUUCCGUCUGCGGGCGUGAAUGAAUUCCGGGCCUUUGACAGGGUGUUAUGAUAUUCUGUUACGAAAGAAAAUAUAUCAGAGAUAAAAAAUGUGAAAGUAGGAGUCAUUCAUAAUUAGGUUGAGUAUGAUCGUCCGGGUGAACGUAGUCCUGAAUAGGACUGUUGUAGUGACUAACGUUUCGACAACCGGUGCAGUAGACAUCUUCAGAGUAUCACGUCAGUUGAUGGUAAUCAAACUCUGGCAAGAGAGAAUGAGAUCUGAUUAUUGACCUAAUGGGUGCUGAUGAAGUCGCGAUGUUAUUGGUCGUCUGUCACAGCAUCGAGACCUAACUGACCAAUUAGGUCAAUAACCAGAGUUUAAUACCAUCAACUAACAUGAUCUCUUUGACUCUGAAGAUGAAUAUAGCACAAGCACAGGUAGUCGAUACGUCUGUCACCGUCAGCAACAGUCCUAUUCCGACAGGACUACGUUCACCCGGACGAUGAUGCUCAACCUAUUUUAUGUGAAAUAUGAAAUUCCAUGUAUUUACUUACUUUAGCUGGUAUCGUCAUCCUCUAGUAUGCAUGUGUAUAUUUUUCAUUUUAAAAUCUAAAAUAGGGAGGUCAGAGGUAAAAGUACUGCGUCGGUAUCGCAAAGGGUUUAUAUGUGGGGAUUAAAUCCUGUGAAAUUGAAUUUUUUCGAACAGUUCUCGAACCGCUGUAAAGUCACGUAUAUUUCUGAUCUUUCACGGUUCACUUCUGCUUACUUAGUGAUUUUCCAACGUGUAUGGAUUAAAAAGAAGUUGUAGCCCAAAACUCGCUGAUCACGUACCUUACGUGAACAGUACAAGGGUUUGCAAAGCAGACAAAGUUUUCACAGGUAUGCAGACCACAAAGGGACUAGGACAUACUAUUAGUAAACUCAUUUAGAAAUGAUGAUGCAUAGUUUGAUUCGUGAUGGGUAAAGGGUGUUUUUUUAUGACAUGCUAGUAAAAAAAAUACACUAAUGGAUGUGAUUGCACCCAUUUCUGGCAGACAUUAUUAGUGUAAUAACCACUUAUUUUAGAGGUAUAUUCGAAUAUUUUGGAAACAACUACAGCCGGAAAAGAGCUCCGAAGAUCGUGAAAUUUGAACUCAAUUUAAAUCGUUUCUGCCUCCCCUUCACUAUAAUUAUUAUGGAAUAAACCACCGCUAGAGUCGAGGCGACAACGAAGUAAUGAGUUUAUUUUCCUUGCCAUUAUUCAACAGAUGGCUGGAGGAAGUCCUUUUGCGUGUCUCCCAUCAAGUUAAAAUAUUUCUUAAGACCACAAAGCUGUCCCUCCAAGAAACAAAGGAGAAAAUUUCAAAGGCAAAGAGGCGGAUGCAAGAACUGCAAGAAUCUCAGCAGCGUAAAUUUGAUGAGCUUAGUAAAUAUCAGUCAGAGAUCCUGGAAGAUAUCAUUGCAAAGCUGUCAGAGCACUUCAAAUCUGAAGAGACGGUCAAGCAGUUUUGUGAAUGGUCCCCUGAUGAGGCACCUGAGGUCAAAGAAACCUGGCAGCUGACAAAGGAUGAGGUUCUAAAAUGCAUUUCAAAGAGGACCCAGCAGUUUGUUCAGAACUGGGAAGAUGAGACGCAGGAAUUUGCAGCUGCUCAGGCUUCACUCGUUACAUUUUGCUGUAAAAAUUACGUUAUCAUGGAAGAAGCAAUUCAUCAAGUGGAAGAAAACGUCUUUUUGGACGCAGACGAGGAUGCAACUCAUUCUCGAGAAAAAUCACGGAAAGUGUUCAAGGGCAUUGCUCCAAUAUGGCUUAGACAAGGCUUAGCACCAGUGAUUGUAGGAUCUCCUCUCCUAACACUUGGUUUGUACAAGACUUUCAAGAAGAAGUUACGUUACAGAGGUAAGCGGGAUAAGUAUCAAGAAGACCCGUCUGCCUACAUGUCAAAGAGAUCAAAGAAAUGCCUGGAGAAGAUUGGGACUCAAGAUCGACUAUUGCCCCUCAUCAACGAACAGCUGGAAGAUGCCAUUCACUGCCUGGUACAACUCAAGGAUAAAAUGCCCAAGCUACUGGAAUGUAACGACAAGUUUUACCAAAAGCUACUUGACGAUGACAGAAGUAAGACCGUGGUUCGCGAAACCUACGAACCUUUGGCUAUGGAGGCAGAAUUCUUAAGGCGCGAACUAACCGUUUUUAGUCUCAAAGAAAUGAGAAGGUCGGACUUUUCCCGGGAUGAGUUGAAAUGGGAUGAACAUCGCCAGUCAAUCAUAGGCAGAGGGAGUUUCUCGACGGUGUACAGAGGAAUACUUACUCAGAGUGGAAAACCGGAAGUGAACGUGGCCAUAAAAGAAUAUAUACAUCCGCUGAGUGCCAGCAACGUGUGGCAUUUUGUUGAUGAGGAAAAAGCUUUAAGGUUUGUUUUAAACAAUCACGAAAACGAAGAUUACCAUUCCGUAACCUUUAGCUAACUAAUAGGUCUUCGCGGGCUUGAUUUGGGUGGCGAUCAGUGUAGAAAAAAAGCCCUCAUCCUAUGACCCUAGGGUUAAUUCUUGCAGUGCUAACUCCAUUUCUGGCCACCACUAAUCUUUUACUUAUGGAAUGGGGGUUUAAAAGGUUCUUUGUGUUCUUAAUAGUCUCUGCAACCGCGUGCGUGAGAGUGAUAUAACGACAACAGUGGUAGCAGCUAAAAAGUCCAGUUUAAUACUCAGAAUAAAUUGAUAUCCUGGUUAAAGCCUUAGCGAGUCAGGCUUAAGUCACCCCUUUCCAAGAGUUCAGACGUUUACUUCUAGCUAAUUCAUUCUUAUCGAGUUAUUUAGUGUGAAAUGCUUCUGACCAAGUAACAGUAAGUCAAAUUAUAAUUACAUUAUUAUUCCUUUUUCAAUAUCAUGAUUUGAGGAACUUAAAAAGUUCUUUCCUUAGCGCAAUUGGAAACCAGAUCGUUCUUUCCUUACAGUUCAUUUUUUUUUAAUAAAAAACAUACGGGGAAAAUCAUUAGCCAAAAAGCUUAACUACUCGGUUGAAUGAAAAACCUACUCAUUCCUAGCAAUGAAUUAUAGGCGCAUGCUACUAAAGACUUUACAAAGUAUUGUCCAUAUGUCAAGAUUUUUUUUUUUAUUAUUAUUAUUAUGAAAUUGAACAAAAUUGUUUCACUAUCUUGGUUUACCUUUUUUAAAGAGAGUUGCGACAUCCUGGCAUCGUUAAAUAUUUUGGAACCUGUCUUCUGCACGAAACAAAUGGCACUACAGUAACCAUUGUUUUGGAGCUGUGUGACUGCUCCCUUAGAGAACUGGUGACAUCCCAUCCGGAGAAUGCUCCUGCUAGACUUUCCAAAGAACCAAUAAGGAACAAGGUUCUAAACUGGGCUCUGCAGGUCUUGGAUGCCUUGUGCUACAUUCACAGCAAAGGAUUUGUACACAGAGAUUUAAAACUGGAUAAUUUACUGGUAAGUUAGUUAUUAUAAUACCCACAUUAAGCGAUAAUUAGAUAAUCAUAUGAACAGGAACAGGUAAAUGCCGCCUUUUUUAAUGGUCGGUUUUUUCAUCACUGACUUUACACUUUUUUGUCGCGAAGGAAAUGGUACUUGGAGUAAAGAUCUCACGACACAGACAUGCACACUUACGUUAACCUUUUAGCUUGGUGACUGUCUAAAACAGUGCUUUCCUUUGAAAUCAUGAAUGGUGAAUGAAAUUGCCUAUUAUAUAAGAUCGGACGUUGUAAUUAUAAUGAUUAACUUUUCAAAUUGUUUUUGAAGUUGACACACGACGGAGAAGUAAAGCUGGCAGACGUGGGAGUGGGAAAAUACGAGGAGGAGAUCACUGGUACCAUUUGCGGCACGUCCCUGUAUCUAGCUCCUGAAGUUUUGGAUCGUCGAAUCUACAACAGCAAAGCAGAUAUGUAUAGCUUUGCUUUUAUACUAUGGGAGCUGUGGUACGGCGAGAGAGUGUUUGCUGAUACGGUGGUCAGUAGACACCAAUCCAAGCUCCUCAAAGAUGUAAAAGAUGGACUUCGACCUUGGCAUAUCGAAAAGACAUCGCAGCCUUCUCCAUUAUGGACAACAGUCAUGGAGUCCUGCUGGGAAAAAAGUCCAGGCAAAAGAAUGACAGCUAGCGAUGCUUUGGCAGUUUUAAAAGUGCUAAAAAACAAAGGAGAUGUACGCUCGCUCAGUGAUUCCCGCCCACCAACGCCACCACCAAAGAAAACGGUACUAUCGGGACGACGACCAAGAAGCUGCUCCCAGAAGCCACCAGUCAUGCCUAAAACAAAGCCAAAAUCAACCAGAGCAUCUGUUUCCUAUUCCUCAAAAUCAGAGGAUCUGAGUUUACAUUUAGAUUCAAAUGAUAAGGCUUAG